AUGGGAACAGCUCCAAUGGAUCCCCGCAGCACCACAACCGACUUGACGACACCUUCUCAUCCUGUAUACCCCUUCUAUUCGGCUUCUUGUCCCUGGGGAAUUUCCAAGCGCUAUCCGAAUCGGCUUUCCGGUGUCUCGCCGCCGAUGGGAAACCCAGCAAAGAGGGCUAUGACGCCUGUAUCUCUCGUAAGGAUCAAAGAAAUUUUCUACGAUUCAUCGUCUUUCAUUUCUUUAAUUUAG